AUGUCCGACGCAGAGCAGGACCAGACCGUCUCCAAAAAGCAGCGUUUCCGCAAGGACAAACCCUGGGAUACCGAUGACAUCGACCAUGUACGCUCGUGGAAGGUUGACCCGUUCAAGCCGGAGGAUAACAAAGGCGGCACUCUCCUCGAAGAGUCUUCAUUCGCUACGCUCUUCCCUAAAUACCGCGAAAAAUACCUGCGAGAAGCCUGGUCUGCGGUCACCAAGGCAUUAGACGCUCAUGGCAUCGCGUGCACACUCGACUUGGUGCACGGUUCCAUGGCUGUGCGUACGACGCGCAAGACCUACGACCCGUACAUCAUUCUCAAAGCACGCGACAUGAUCAAGCUACUUGCGCGUGGCGUGUCCGCCGGUCAGGCCGCAAAGAUCCUUGACGAUGCCAUUGCGUGCGAUAUCAUCAAGAUUGGCAGUCUUGUCCGGAAUAAGGAGCGGUUCGUGAAGCGCAGGCAGAGGAUUAUUGGGCCGGAUGGGAGCACGCUGAAGGCCAUCGAGUUGUUAACACAAUGUUAUGUGCUCGUGCAGGGUAACACGGUCAGCGUCAUGGGCCCAUACAAGUCUCUGAAGGAGGUCCGGCGCAUCGUUCUCGACUGCAUGAAGAACAUCCACCCCAUAUACCGCAUCAAAGAACUUAUGAUCAAGCGCGAACUAGCCAAAGAUCCCAAGCUCGCCAAUGAGUCUUGGGACCGUUUCUUGCCACAGUUCCGUAGGCGGCAUCUCACGACGUCCGAGAAGACGGCGAAGAAGAACGAGAAGCUUUCGACGAAGACGGAGGCACGCGCGGCUGCCGGUCUGGACGCACCCGGUCCAUCGAAGGAGAAGAAGAAAGUGUAUACGCCGUUCCCGCCCGCGCAGACGCCGCGGAAGGUCGACUUGCAGCUCGAGUCUGGAGAGUACUUCCUCAGCAAGCACGAGAAGAAGCGGAAGGAGGAUCUGGAGAGGAGGCAAAAGCAAACGGAGACGACCGCGAAGCGUCAAGCAGAGCGUGCGGAAGCUUUCGUGGCGCCAGAAGAGGAGGCCGCGCCGACGGUCGAGGAGAAGCGCAAGCGCAAGCGCAAGCAGGGCUCUACUGUAGAAGCGGAGGAGGGUUUCGCAGAACCAAAGGAGAAGAAAAAGAAAAAGAAGGUCCGGAUGGCGGAGGACGAAGAGGAGAGCGCUGCACCUGCAAAGAAGAGGAGAAAGAGCUCAGAGGCUUAG